UAAAACCCAAGUAGUUCAAAAGCGAAUACAAGCUCUAAAUUUUUGUUUGACAUUGGCCUAUUGGUGCAUUUUCAUUUCCUGUUGCAAUGCAUCCUUUAGACCCCUAAUGGCAAAUGCAUAAACCCCAGCGAGUCACUCACACACACUCGCCUAAACCUCAACCUCGCGCCAAAUCAGUCCCAGACCCCCACCACCCAACCCCCUCCACCUGGACAUGCAUCAAAACGUCGUCGUGUUGGACAACGGCGGCGGCCUAAUCAAAGCCGGACUCGGCGGCGAGCGCGACCCCUCAGCCAUAAUCCCCAACUGCGUCUACCGCCCACUCUCCUCCAAGAAAUGGGUGCACCCUUCACCCACCGAGCCCAUGGACCUCACCUCCGCCGCGGUCCGGCGGCCCAUCGACCGCGGCUACCUAAUCAACCCGGAUCUCCAGCGCGAGAUCUGGGCCAAUCUCUUCUCCUCCCUUCUCCGGGUCAACCCGGCCCAAUCGUCCCUUCUCCUGACGGAACCCCUCUUCACCCUCCCCUCCAUCCAACGCGCCACCGACGAGCUCGUCUUCGAGGACUUCAACUUCUCAUCGUUCUACGUGGCCCACUCUCCCUCCCUGGCCCACCUCUACGAGGCCAGCCAGCGGACCUUUAAGGCCCAAUGCAGCCUCGUCGUCGACUGCGGCUUCUCUUUCACUCACGCCGUCCCUGUUUUCCAAAACUUCCCCAUCAACUACGCCGCUAAGCGAAUCGACUUGGGCGGCAAGGCCUUGACCAAUUACCUCAAAGAGCUUGUAUCUUACCGCUCUGUCAAUGUCAUGGACGAGACCUUCCUCAUCGACGACGUUAAGGAGAAGCUCUGCUUUGUUUCCUUAGACGUUGCUCGUGACCUCCAGAUCGCAAAGAAACAAGGGAAGGACAAUGCUUUCAGGUGCACGUAUGUGUUGCCUGAUGGUGUUACGCAUACAAAAGGGUUCGUUAAGAACCCAGAAGAGGCGCAGAGAUACUUGGCUUUGGGAGACGGUGACACACUUGAAGAAGUGCAGGAAAAGAUGGAUGUGGAUCAGAUGGAAGUUACAAACAAGCUGGAGGAUCGAAAGAAGAUUGAUUUAACCAAGAAUGAAUUUGACUUGACAAAUGAAAGGUUCCUUGUGCCGGAGAUGAUCUUCCAUCCUGCUGAUUUGGGAAUGAAUCAGGCUGGGCUAGCGGAGUGCAUAGUUCGAGCUGUCAGUUCCUGCCAUCCUCAUCUUCAGCCUGUACUCUAUGAAAACAUUAUUUUAACCGGCGGAAGCACACUAUUUCCUCGACUUUCUGAUAGACUAGAGAAGGAGCUGCGGCCUCUUGUUCCUGAUGACUAUCAAGUGAACAUAACUCCUCAACAAGACCCCAUACUAGGUGUUUGGCGAGGAGGAUCUCUUUUAGCAUCAAGUCCUGAUUUUGAAGCAAUGCGUGUCACCAAGGCUGAUUAUGAGGAGCUUGGAUCUGCUCGAUGUCGCAGGAGAUUCUGUUAAUCUUGAAGGCACCUUUGUGGAAGCGAAUAGUCCGUGAGGGAUAAUGCAGCUGCCUAUGCAUGUCACUUUUGUUGUCAACACUGAAGAAAAAGUAGGUAAGAAGCAGGCUUGGCAGCUUGGUUAUGAGAACUGAAACCUGAUUGUCCGCCCUUGUCAUACUCAUGAGCGUGCUAAAAUGAAAUGCUACAUACAUUCUGCCUUCCCCGACCCCUUUUAUUUAUUUAUUAAUUUUUUAAUCGAUGUCCAGAGGAAGAUUGAGGUUCGAUCCCUUCGCUAUAGAAUCCUCCCUAGACUAUCCAGGAAAGCUAUUAUUUAUGUGGAAUGGGCAAACUCAAGAAAAAGACGUAAAAAUAUUAAGAUUUAAAAUUUUGAUCCGGAAGAGUUCAGGAGAUGGUGACUCCUCGGCCAUUGUAAGCUACAUUGCAGUGUCUUCUAAAUCAAGACCUAUCUGAUUCGAGCUUUGCCUCCAGUAUGGAGUGGACGCGCAGAACACCUUGGUUUGUUCAUGUUUGAGAUACCUUGGUUAUUCUUGUAGAAGAAAGAUACUUGUUCUAACAUGUUACCUGCGACAUAUUUAUCUUGAAUCGUCUUUUAAACAUAAAAAUACUGCAUCCCUAUACUUGUAUAAAAUUGCUCUCUAAUACGUAGGAUAUUUUAUUA